GCUUUAAGCCCUCCCCCCUUUUUCUCUCUUCCUUUUUUCCCCUUUGCCCCCAUAAAUAAAUACCAAAAAACAACACCACCAACACAGCAAAGAAAGAAAGAAGAAAAACCAAAAAACCCAUUUCUUCUCAAACCCUUUUUAACUUAGAAGACCAAAAACUAUAGAGAUUCUUGAUUAUCAACAACUGUGAUGGUUGUGUAUAUUUGUUGUUGUUAUUAUUAUUCUUGAUUAUCUUGAGAUCUUGUCCAUUUACUACAAUGUUCUUCACUUUGUAGAGGACAAGGUAAAUAUAUGUAUACACUCACUAAAAGAACCAAAAAGAAUAAUCAAGAACCAAUUUUUAAUCUGAUUUUGUUGAUUCUGAUUUCAGUUUGAAGUUACCCAUUUUGGGUUUUUCUUGGAUUUGCCUUUUCUUGAUAAAACUAAAAAAAAAAAGAAAAAAAAGGGGGUUGAUUUUUUCACUUUGAUUCUUUCAAAUUUGAACACCCAUUUGAUUUUCUUGGACACUUUUGUACUCUUUUUAUUUUGGUUACUGAGACUUGGUGGAAUAUAUUCUAGGGUUUCUUAAUUGGAUCGGUUACUAAAUUGGUUAUUUAAUUAGGGUUUUGAGUGAUUAUUUAUUGGCGGAUCGCGCGGUUAAUGGGAGUAAUUUUGGAGGGGAUUUAACGCUGGAAAGAAUAGAAUGAUUUAGGCAAUGGAAGAAGACUGUAGAUAUUAUUACUAGAAUUGUUGCCAAAGUUUAUUUACCUUGACAGAGUUUGGAAUUACUGUGCUUGAAUUGAUUUGAGCAAGUUUACCUUGACGGAGUUUGGAAAUACUGUGUGUGAAUUGAAUCUUGUUUUGUAAAAUUUGAAGUGAGAAGAGCAAGUUUUAAGUUUACAUUCACGGGGUUUGGAAUUACUGUGCUUGAAUUGAUUUGAGCAAGUUUAGCUCGACGGGGUUUGGAAUUACUGUGUUUGAACUGAUUUUAGCAAGUUUUACCUUGACGGGGUUUGGAAUUACUGCGUUUGAAGUGUGAAGAGCAAGUUUAAAUUAUUCGGAUUUUGGAUUGAUUUCGAGUGUGAGGAUUAAAUGGAAGUAAAUUGAAGCUGGAAAGGAAUGUGGGGACAUGGUGUAUGGACGGGAGUAUAAUUGCUGGUUCGUUCUGUUACUGGAGCACUUAAUUGGAGAGUAUAAUUGUGCAUUUUUAUCUCGAAGUAGAAGUGUGUGCAAUGUCUCGCUGCCAUAAGUUUCCACCACCAGGAUAUGAAAAGAAGCCUAGACCGGAAGAGGGUGACUUAUUAAAAGAGGAGAAGAGCAAGGAGAAAAAGCAUAAAAAGGAAAAGAAAGACAAGGAGAAGAGAGAAGGUAAAGAAAAAAGGGAUAAAGACAGAAGUGAUGGGAAACACAGAGAAAAGAAAGAGAAAAAGGAUAAACACAGGGACAAGAAGGAAAAGCACAGGGACAAAAAGAAGGACAAGGACAAGGACAAAGAGAAAAGCAGCAUCUCUGAGGAGGCAAGAGUUGCCGUUCCACCCGGGGCUUCUAGUGAUCGAGGGAAACUUCACGAGAGAGAUGAACAUAAAGAUAGACACAUUAGCUCAGAAAAAGAGAGAGAUGAACAUAAAGAUAGACACAUUAGCACAGAGAAACCCAAACUCCCCAAUCAGUUUCAUGUCCAGCAUGGAGAGCAGAAGCCCUUUAAGACCCGCCACUCUGCUGUUGAGGCAGAGGACUCAAAAUUUGUGCAGGAGUUGGGCAGGAGGAUCAGAGAUGAAGAGAAGGGUGCGCAAAGUCAGUUGGCGGAGAGAUUUCCAGUUGAGUGGAAAAGAGAUGAAAAGCCAGAAAGGGUGGGCAAAGUUUUUGGAAAUUCGGCUGAAGACAAGGAAAAGCACAAGGAGAAAGGAUUUGAUAACCAUAAGAUGGAUGCACAAGCAUUCAGGGGUGAGCAUAAAGUUGGAGCUAAUGCGAUACCUCCCGGCCUUUCUACAAUGGCAAAAAGCAAUUUUGAAGGAAUUCCCCGACCGUUGGAAGAAAAUGUUGGGAAGAAGAGAGAGGAAAAACAGAAACAUAAAGAAAGACGCGAUGACAAACCAAGAGAGAAAAACAAGGAUAAAGACAGGGAAAAGCACAGUCAUGGAAAGCAGAAAGACAAGGAAAAAGAGAAGAAAAAGGAAGAGAAGGCGAAGGAUAAAAGUGGACACAAGAAAAGCCAGGAGGAUAAAUCAAAAGACAACGAUAAGAAUGAUUUUGUUGUUCUUAGUAACAAUAAACUUCCACCUGUAUCCAAAGAAAACAUUGCUGGUACGGUCACCGAGGGAAUUGACAGAAAGAGAAAGAAUGUUGAAACUAAUGGUUUCCUGCAUGAGAGUGAAGUCAGGCCUGCUAAAUUGCUGCGGCCCUCAUCCUCUCAGCAGCCAACACAGAAUGGAAAGAAAUUGGACACUCACCCAAAAGCAGACUUAUUUUCCUCUAUUAAACAGGGAGUUGCUACUGAUACUAAAGUGGUAAACAAGGAGCACAAGGUGAAUGGUAGUCUAGAAGGUCAGCCGUUGUUCAGCGUCAAGGCAAAGGCUCCAUCCCCGAUUCCUGGUGCUGAUCAGAUUGCUGAAGCAUCUAAAAAACCACUGUUCAGUGUUAAGGCAAAGGCGUCUUCCGUGAUUCCUGGUGCUGAUCAGAUUGCUGAAGCAUCUAAAAGACCUCCACAUCCCGAUUCCAAGUAUUUAAGCCAGAUACUCUCAAUUCCUAAAAUGGACGAUUGGUCUGGAUUUGAUGACCAGGAAUGGUUGUCGGGAAGCAAAAGAACUCCGGCUAAGGAUGCUGAAAUGUGUCCAGAUGAAGUCAAUAAGGAACAUUGUGUAUGGUCUGAAGCUUUGCAAAUAGACUCUGCUGAUAUUUGUGCUCUGCCAUAUGUUAUACCUUAUUGAAUGCUGUUAACAUGAUCUGACGCGAUGAUUUCCAAGGACGAAGCUCUUUCACUGUUGCAGCAUCGAGCAUCUGGCUUCCAAAUGCCCAUAGUCAGUUUUUGGUCGGAUUCUUUCUCACCCCUCUUAGCUCUGGUGGGUAUGCCGGUGGCAGUUUGUUCUGAAAUCGAUUCAAGAUCUCGAUCAGGGUUUCCUCCGAAACCUAUAUGAGUUCCAUUGGACUCAUAAAUGAUACAUUGGAAGAUCUUUGUUGGGCGUUCCUGUAACAAUAGGUUGAUUGUUUUGCUCCAUAUCUUCCCAAAGGAAAAAGGAUCUCUAAGAGUUAUCAAUCACCACGGCUGUACCUUGCGGUAGCUUAAACGGAGGGGCGAUGGAAACGGGACAAGUGUGUCUAGGAAGAUGCAUAAGCUUGUGCAAGUUUAUUCUAUUUGCUUAAAAGCUUGGGAUGCUCUUUCCAAUUGAGUGUAAAAGAACUAGCUUUUGUGGUCUUUACAAAUCCACAAUUUUGAUUUGUAACAUAGUAUUACUAUAGUUGUAAGAUAGAGGGGGAUAAAAAAGGACAAACAAAAGGGAAGAAAAAAAGUAAUAGUUGCAUUCAUUUGAUUCACUGAGGUACAUGGUUUAGUUCAUAAUCGAUUUCCAUUUUCUGGAAAUACCACAUAUAACAUGAGGUUUCAAGUUAAUUGCGACGAAAAUUAAGGGAUGUACAUUGGAAGUAGACCCUUUCUUGUUUAGGGGUUUUCUUUUAAGUUUCUAGAAGUAGUUCAUGAAACACACUUUUCUUGGUUAUGAGAUCUCUAUUAAUAGUUUCAAUUUAAUGUAUA